GCCAAUAGAGACAAAGCAGGCCCUCCCCCUAGUCUCCCAAGUUCAGGCGCGCACAAGAGCCCAGAAAAGGAAGGCGGGGCUAGGCCGAAACACCAAUGGAAGCGAGAGCGGGCGGGCUCGCACUUAGGUGCAGGAGGCGGGGCUUGCCCAGCCGGGCCAAUGAGAACACGAGGCGCUGGACGGUUGUUAGGCAGGGAAGGUCGGCGCAUGGCUGACGCGGCACUGUUCGAGUUUCUGCACACGGAAAUGGUAGCGGAGCUGUGGGCGCAAGAUCCGGACCCCGGCCCCGGGGGACAGAAGAUGAGCCUGUCGGUCCUGGAGGGCAUGGGCUUCCGCGUGGGCCAGGCCCUGGGCGAGAGGCUGCCCCGGGAGACACUAGCCUUCAGGGAGGAGCUGGACGUCCUCAAGUUCCUAUGCAAAGACGUGUGGGCGGCCGUGUUCCAAAAGCAGAUGGACAGCCUCCGCACCAAUCACCAGGGGACCUACGUCCUGCAGGACCACAGCUUCCCCCUUCUCAUCCGGAUGGCCUCGGGUCUGCAGUACCUGGAGGAAGUGCCCAAGUUCCUGGCCUUCACCUGCGGCCUCCUACGGGGCACCCUCAGCACCCUGGGCAUCAAGAGCCUGGUCACCGCCUCCGUGGCAGCCCUGCCCGCCUGUAAGUUCCAGGUGGUGAUCCAGAGAUCCUGAGGGAGCCCCAGGCCCCACCCCCAGCCGAGCCUCACGCCACCCCAUCCCGGGGACCCAGCUGCUGCCUGUGGUGGUGGCUGGUGCUGGGGAGAUGGGGUCCCACCGAUUCAGGGCCUCACAAGCCCUCAACAAAUGGGUGUCAUAGGGAGGUGGGGGUGUCACGGGGGCAAGGUGGACCCCGCCCCAGUCGGGGCUGGUGUGGAGGGAGCCCACAUCGGACACGUCCCUCCACAUGGCAGGGGCUCAAUAAAGGUUCUGUACGUGG